CCUGCAAGGGAGAAAAGGGGAAGCCUCCUGCCCGCCCGCCCUCCGUGCGCCGCGCAGAAGUCGCGGUGGGUCUAGUCCAGCCCAGCCCAGGGCCGGGAGAGCGGCUCCUUCCUUCUCGGCGGGGCUGCCUGGCCUGGGGGCUCUCCAAGCCGCAGCCUCUUUCGACACCUCGGCACGGGAGCCAAAGUUCGCGAGCCGAGGAGGACGAGGCCUGCCCCGCGGCGGCCCCCGCGCCACAAGGCCCCAGCAUGGCCAAGAGGAGCCCCAGGGACUGGCGGGCAAACUUUGCGCUGAAGAACAGCUUGGUGAAGGAGGGCCUCUCCGAGUUCCUGGGCACCUUCGUGAUGGUCACCUUGGGAUUGGGGUGUGUGGCCCAGUCGGUGCUGAGCAGAGGAGAGCUGGGAGGCGCCCCGGUGAUCUCCGUGGGCUUUGCCAUGGCCGUCACCAUCGCCAUCUACGUCGCAGGAGGCGUUUCCGGGGGCCACAUCAACCCAGCCGUCUCCUUUGCCAUGUGCAUCACCGGCAAGAUGCCCUGGGCCAAGUUCCCCGUUUAUGUCCUCACCCAGUUUCUCGGAGCCUUUGUGGGAGCAGCUGCUGUCUUCGGGAUCAACUACGACGCACUGAUGUUCUACACUGGGGGGAACUUAACUGUCACCGGCCACACGGGCACUGCCCAUAUCUUCGCUACAUACCCAGCUGAAUACCUCUCCACGACCAACGGAUUUGCCGACCAGGUGAUCUCGACCGCCUUCCUUCUCCUGGGCGUCUUCGCCAUCUUUGAUGCGGAAAACCUGGGGGUUCCAAAGGGGCUGGAGCCCAUCGGGGUGGGGCUCCUCAUCAUCUUGCUGACCUCCGCCAUGGCCAUGAACAGCGGCUGCGCCAUGAACCCUGCCCGCGACCUCAGCCCCCGUCUCUUCACCUUCCUUGCCGGAUGGGGGCCUGAGGUCUUCACGGCCGGCAACCACUGGUGGUGGGUCCCAGUCGUUGGUCCCAUGGUUGGGGCCGGUUUUGGGGCCGCUAUCUACAUGCUGUUUAUUGAACUGCACCAUUCCCAGCCGCAGCCGCCACAGAGCAAUGCAACUCACGACAAAUACGAACUCACCAGCAUGUAGGGAGGGGGCAAGUUGCUUCAAGCCUGUCCCUGGCUUGUUCCGGAGCUGCGUCCUGUCCCGAGAACCAUUCCAGUUUCACCAAGAGAAUCUCUAAAAUGAACUCCAGACCAGGCAAAGCCUGCAGCAUUCGUUUGUGCCCAUUUCUCAGGUUACGCCACUGACCUGCGCGCAUUGAUAAAGCGCCACACAUUUGGUUUACGUGACUGCACAAUGCCUCUUUUUGUGCCGUGCUUUGCCAAGCCGUGCUCAUCCUUCAGUGAAACACCACACAAAAGGCACAUGCUGAGACUGCGGUUUUGUGGUAUGUUUUUCAAUAUGUGCCAUGCUAAUGGGGAGGGGGGACGGACAUGAAGGGACACCCAACCGUGGAUGCAAAGAGCUCUGAACAAAUCUUGGUAAUAAACGGGGGUUUUCACUGA